AUGUCUGCCUUAAUACACGAAAAAGUUUGGCUCGAUAAAACCGCCUAUAGUGAUGCCGAAAAAAACUUCUACGAAUCACUAUCAAAAGGAAAAAUUCCCUCCAUUGGUGUUGGGGCUACAUCAUCUUUGGCCAGUGAGGUAGCUAAAGCUAGACAGCAUAUCAAAAACUCACUGGAAUGUAUGGACAAUGUUGCUUCAUUAACUGGAGUAUCAAAUAAUGAAAUAAACAACAAACUUAACUCUUUGGAGAAAGAGAACUCAGACCUUAAAAAAGCAAUUGAUGAUCUCCGCAAGUUGGUUAUUAGUCUACAAGCACGAGUUGAAUCAUUGGAAGCAUUUGAACCCAGUGUAUCUAAACCUGCAGCUCCUAAGGCAGCAGCACCUGCCCCAGCCCCCGCUGAGGAUUCCGAUGAUGGAGUAGAUUUGUUUGGAUCUGAUGAUGAGGAGGAAAGUGCUGAAGCUGCGAAACUAAGAGAGGAACGGCUAGCAGCAUAUAAUGCAAAGAAAUCCAAAAAACCAGUCCUGAUUGCAAAGUCUAACAUUAUAUUGGAUGUAAAGCCUUGGGAUGAUGAAACCGACAUGAAAGCUAUGGAAGAUGCCGUCAGAACAAUCAGCAUUGAUGGCCUACUGUGGGGUGCUGCUAAACUGGUACCAUUAGCUUUUGGUAUUCACAAGUUGCAAAUAUCCUGUGUCGUUGAAGAUGACAAGGUUUCAAUCGAUUGGCUUACUGAAGAAAUUGAGAAAUUGGAGGACUUUGGUUUUGCUGAUAAUCGAGAUUGUAGUGUUGAGAUUUUAAGGUCUAUGAGAGACAUAACAAAUGAGGAAAUAGACAUUUAUCUUAACAUAAAGCAAAUGUUGGUUGAUCCUAAGGAUAAUGAUCAGGAAAUUAGUUUGCAGUCAGCUAUUAGAGAUUUUGUUUUGGAUCUGCAAGAAAAUUAUCCAUCUACAAUUUCAACAGUAUGUAAAACUGCUGAUAAGCUUGGCUCUGUAAAUGGAAAUAAUAAUAUAAAAAAAUGUCAGGUGUGCCAAAGUACAAUUAACUCUAAAGAUUCCAAGUUGACAGCUGUUGAAGCCACUAUAUUUUCAAGAGUAGUAUCAAGUGAAAAGAGUUCUGAAAGUGCAUUAGAAAUUCCAUUCAAUACUAAAGACAACACAAUGUUUCCUUACAUUUUUGAUAGAUUUUGUUAUUGCUGUAGUAGAAACUAUUUAGAAACAAAAGGGACUGAUCUUAAUGAUUUUAUGUCACAGAAAAUUGAAAAUGAAUCAUAA